GCUGACGUUUGUUCUUCCGUCUGGACUUGACCCACGUAGAUGAAGCUCGAUAUCGACACUUUCUCCGGCUUCAACGUUUACCCAGCAAAGGGGCGUCUCUUCGUUCGUUCAGAUUCGAAAGUCUUCCGCUUUUCUGACUCCAAGACUGAACGCUUAUUCCACAACCGCAAGAACCCACGGAAAGUAGCAUGGACUACUCUCUACCGCCGUAUGCACAGGAAGGGUGUGACGGAGACAAUCGUUAAGAAGCGCACGCGCAAAACUGUGAAAUAUCAGCGGGGCAUUACAGGUGCUAGUCUGGCCAUCAUUGCUGCUAAACGGGCCGAGACGAGUGAAGUUCGUUCGGCUAUACGUGCGGAAGCCAUCGCUAAAACCAAGGCUGCCAAGAAGGAGAAACAGGAGAAGGUGAAGGUUGCUGCCGCUGCUCGUCCUCCUCCCGCUGCACCAAAAUUCAGCAAGCAUCAAUUCAAGGGCGGCAAGUCUGGUCGUUGAUUUUAAAACUUUGGGACUUUGGCCUCGUCUCGUUAUCCCCCUCAUCCUUUCCGGAACCCCCUCAUUUUUUCUGCAUCGCCAAAGUCUAGGAGUUUUGCUCUGUCUAAUGCUCUGUCCAUACCAUCAGUCUAUGUAUCAUCCACAUACAUGCCUUCUACCCUACUCAACCAUGCAGACUCAUCAGUGGCCCGCUAUACUCCUGACAGACAAGCUUAUUUUCGCCCGUAAUGAUCUAGUUGCAGUACAGAUGACUCCGUCUGCAUGAUAGAACUCGGCCUCCGGUUAGUGGAUUCACUCAGUAGAGGCUGGGAUCCUGCCUAUGGGUUCGCCGUCAUCAAAAAUGGGUCCACCAUAAAUAAUUAGUUGGGCAUCAUGUCUUUGGGGAAUCCCGGAGAAGAUGGUCUGUU